CAUUUUCCACUUGGAACAAGAAGAGCUAUGGAUGAUGCAAAUCCUGAGUCAGGGCCAUCCAGGGCGCCUUCCAUCUUGCUGUGCAAAAUUCACAAGACUGUAACCUGUACCAGAUGUGUCUCAGCAAGUACGGCGGCAGUUCAGUGAUUUCCCCUGCGUGUGGACCAGGGGUGUGGAGAACUCGGGUCCUGAGGCCCCCACCGUGUGAAGGCCUCUUCACGGCGCAGAGAUGCACCCCCAGGAUCACAGGAGGUGGGAUCUACAGGGGCCUCCCCUACGAUCCCAGCUCCUUGAAGCUACCGCACCUCCGAACCGCCUCCGGGGAUUUGCAUGCUGAGCCUGAAGGCUGGGAGCCGGUGCCUGGCUAAGGGAGGGGCCCAACCCGCCUGGCGAUGCAGAGCUUCCUGCAACUGCUGAGGGGAAACGGGGGCCCCAGCCUGCCCUUGCCGGAGCUGGUGACCCUCGCAGGCAGGCUGUGCCGGGACCUCCAGGAUGACCCCAUCCAGGUGCAGCCCUUGGUCACGGCUGUGCUGGACAGCCAACUCCGCCUGUACCUCUUGGACAAUGCGGAUGUGGCCCUGGUGUGCGCCAGCGUGCUGGCCCAGCAGGAGCAGCACCAGGCCGCCUGUAGGCUGCUGGAGGGGUGCCAGGUGCCAGGCGGCAGCCCCAAGCUGGUGCAGCUCUGGCAUGACAUCCACUACCGUCUGGCCAUGAAGAGGCUCGGCGUGUCCACACUGACGCCGGUGCAGAAGUUCCGGUGCAGGAAGAGGAACCCACCACCCGCCUCCCUCUGCCCCGACGGCCUGAAGAGCCGGAACUUCCCCAGAGAAGUUCGCCAGAAGCUGCAGGACUUUGCCUCGGGCGUGAGCACCAACCCCAGCAAGGCUGAGCGGGAGGACCUGGCCUCUCAGAUGCGCCUGACCACGGAGCAAGUCUACAACUGGUUUGCCAAUUACCGGCGGCGCCAGAGGGCCCUGAUGCAGCGUGCGGCGCCAGCCCCAGACUCAGGAGAAGACCUUACGUCGGGGGAGGCGAGUCGGCACCCCCCCCCGCAGCCAACAGGCCACCCCCACCUUGGCUCUGGGCUUGUGGACAGGCCUCAGUGGUCGACAGGACCUGAGGAAAGUGGGCCUCCACAGACCCUGGAGACCACCCAAGGGCCGUGGGAGCCGCUGGCUCUGACCCCAGACUUCUCUGGAGGCGAGACUAUGCCCAAGUCACUGGCUCCCAGCAUCAACCCCCAGGGCACAUACCUGGAGGAGGAUCCGGGUUCCCGCGGUAGCCAAGCAGAACAACAGGCGGGCAACCUCCUGGUGAGCCAGCCCCCACCACAGGCUCCCAGUUUCAUCCUCACCCAGAACCCCUCAGACCUGACUCCGGCCCCAUCAGGCUUCCCUGGCCCCAUGUCUGCCGUGGAGCUGAGCCAGCCCCCUCCCGCCAGCCAGGUGCAGUGGUCUGGCGGGCAGACCUCCAGCGACACCUUCUGGGGAGCCAGGAUGCUCCUGGAGCUUUCAGGGGGUAGCCUGGACUGAGCUGCCCCUUGGGAGCCUGGCCAGUGCUCCAGGGGAGCAGCUGUGGACAUCCAGCAACUCGAGUAACAGAGCGUUAUCCCUACUGAAGAAGGAGGUCCCCAGAGUUCCCUGGGGGUUCUGCUGAGCCCCCCAUGCCCUGUUUGAAUAGUUUGGUUGUCAAUUUCCUGUAUUGGAAGAAGCGUCUGAGAAACAUUCCUGAAGUCAGAAGUCAAAGGUGGGUCUGUUCUAUGCAGGCAGCAGCAGAUUGCAGUCAGGUUCCAGGGUGGGUUCCGGGCAGUGAAGGCCUUUCUCAGAGCGGGGAUGUUGCCCUUCGGGCCUCCCACCUGUCCUGUGACAAGGCCAGACUUCUCCUCCCAGGAGAUGUGGUGAGAGAGGUGUGGGCAACCUCUGGCAUCUCUGAGUCUGGGGUUUGCACAGAAGCACGUGCCCUGGGGGAGAGCCUGCCAGGCUGGGGGGGUGCCUUGCCCAGGGUUGUGAUUCAAUGUGUUUGCCCAGCAAAUGUUCUGUUCAAUUAAAGUUUACUGUUCUGAC